AUGCUCCUUCGUCAUCAUCAUCAUCCUCAUCUCAUCCUGAUCCUCAUCCUCAUCCUCAUCCGGCCGCUCUUUUACAGCCACGGCAUUAUCGAGCAUCGCUCAUUUCAGCCGACUUCCUCUUAUAUCCAGCCUCACUCUCGCGCUACCGCAAUAUCCAAUCCCCCCAAGCCACAUUUUGCCGACGCGGCCAGUUCUUCGGCUUCAUCGAGCAGGUCGAGUUCGCUCUCAACCGGCAAACUUAGCAAUACAUCGACGAGCAGGCCCAAUUCAACGUUAGCCUCGACAGAUAAAUCCAAUGCGUCCUCCGCGGCCGAGCCUAGCUCAACCUCGGCAUCGUCAUCGGGCGAAUCUAGUGCGGCCGGCGCCAAGGCCCCCGUUCCGGUUUUCCUCCAUGUUCUGGAUGUUGGGAGAUCCGACACGGCCCUGCUUGACAAGCUGAAUAAUAUGGGAAUGGGCUCCUGGAACGGGCAUAAUCCCUGGGCGCCAGCGCCACCCUCAUACCCUAGCUGCCCUUCUCAGCCAGGAGGUUCUCAGCAACCAGCAGCAGCAGCAGGAGGAGGAGGAGGGGGUUCUGGACAUAACCAUCCCUGGUACAAUCCGAGCCCGAUGGGCGUGUCCAACACCAACCCGGACGACGGGCAAAACAACUGCGUCUGGGUGUCGCUGGCCCGCUUUCAGAACCGCAGAACCGUCAAUCAGUUAUGGGAGGCGCAUUUCCGAGGCAGUCUGCCCGACAGAGAAAUCACGCCACACGGCGCGCUCGGUAUUACGACGCGACUGAAUUUGGCAUACACCCAGAAGGUGUAUGACUCCAAUAGUCAGGCGUCUGCUUAUCAGCAAAUGUUGGCGGGAUAGAAUCCCGUUUUGGCGGCGCGGCAAGGUCAAUGGUUUGAUUGGAUACUGGAACUCUCAAAACGUUG